AUGGGUAGAGCAGUACACCAGUACAGCCAGGAGGGGGCGUUUGGCUCUGAACCGGAGAAUAGGCCCAUGGACACUCACAGAGGCCCCGAGGAUGACACGACUGACCUUCCUGAGCCAGAGGGUGAGAGCAGGAGAGAGGACGCUGUGUACACUUCAGGCUCCGCCUCCUGCAUCUCAGUCCAGAUCAAGACCGUCUCCCGGGGGCCGAGGCCUGCCCAUGAGCAGACACUGACCCUGGCGGAUCUGGUGUCGGACAGAGAGGAGACCGAGGGAGAUUCAUCUCACCAAACUAGUGUCGAGGUUCCAGACCCUGACCCUGCCCCUGCCCAGGAGCCAAACAUCCAGGCGGGCCCUGUGCCAGGCCUGCAUCCUGGGCCUCAAGUACCGAGUUUCCCCAGCAGCAGCACCUCGCAGCUGGGGAGGGGCCCUGAGGCGCUGCCUCCUCCAGCAGCAGCAGACCCCUUCAGGCAGCUGGUCCAGGAUCAGAUGUUCAGAUUGGUGCAGUUCCAACAGAUGAGCUUCAUCAGCCUCCUGCAAACUGUGGCCGCCUCCUUCCCCAAUCCGUCCCAGUUAAACCAGAAUCCCAUUCCCACUGAUCAUCUGUCCCAGUUAAACCAGUCCCAUUAUCCCAUUCCCACAGCCAAUCUGCCCCCAUUAGACCACACCCAGUACCCCAUUCCCACAGAAAAUCUGCCCCAGUUAAACCAGUCCCAGUACCCCAUUUCCCCAGCUAAUCUGCCUCCAUUAAAUCACCCCCAGUACCCCAUUCCCCCAGCUAAUCUGCCCCCAUUAAAUCACCCCCAGUACCCCAUUCCCCCAGCUAAUCUGCCUCCAUUAAAUCACCCCCAGUACCCCAUUCCCCCAGCUAAUCUGCCCCCAUUAAAUCACCCCCAGUACCCCAUUCCCACAGCCAAUCCGCCCCGAUUAAUCCAGACCCACCAGCCAGGCGCUCCAUUUUUCCCACCCAGACCAGACCCACACCAGUUUGGACCUCAGAACCAGGGCCCGGUCCCCACGCCUCAGCCCCAUGCACUGGAGCGUCUCCACACGGAGCAGAACCUCGGGCCGGACCCAGAGACCCAGCCGUGGGCAGGACAGGCCGAUGAGCUGGAGCUUCUCCACUCUGUGAGCCCCAGCAGUGAGAGUCCGAGCCUGGGCAACAUGGAGAGCCUCAGUGAGGAACUUCCUGUCCGUUUGGAGGAACUGAGGGGAACCCAGACGGAGAGGGGAAGCGCCUGCGUUACCCCCGUCCGCCACCAGGGGCUGGCGCUGCUGUGUGCCGCUGGCUCGAGCGCUACUCCUCCUCCGGCACCCACAGGAUUAAAACUGCUGCAGCUGCCCCCGCGCUCCUCCUUGCCCCCCCCUGCUGUCCCCACAGGCCUCCUCUACAGCUCUGCCGUGCCCCCCCUCCCAAGAGAGGCGUUUGUGCACCCCCGCGCAGACCCCCCCGUCCUGCCCAGAGAGGGGGGCAGGGGGUGGCGGAAACCGGCCCAGCGGGCAUUCGAGGUUCCGCCGGACCAGAGCGUCCGUCAGGUGGCGCAGCCCAAACUCCUGGACGGCCCAGGGCAGGGAAGUGGUCAGGGUGGCCCCCUCCAGCUGAUCCUCGCUCCCCCGUCCCACCGGCAGCCCCUGCCCCGCGGCCUCCCGCUGCUGCGCUUUCACCCCGAGCCCCGCCUGCCUGCCCCUCCCGCCCCCUUCACCACCCCCGCCACGCCUCUGAUCUCCGUGCCCAGCCCUCCAGGGUUUCCUGAGGUCCCAGGCCACCCAGCGUUCCCAGCGUUCAGCUCUGGCAUUCAGCUGCUUCAGAGGGCCCCCGAUCAGCCAAGCAAGGUGCUCCUGGGGCGGGUGGCGUGGGCUCCAGAGUGUGGGGAGAGGGCUGGGCCUCGCCUCCUCACCAUGGCCUCCCAGGCCCACCCUGCUCAGGAUACACUCGCCUCCAGCAAAAGGCAGAAGAGGAGGGAGGAGAGGGAGCAGGAGGGACAAAGCAGAAGCCUUGGCAGACCGGAGGAUUCCAGCAUCUCUCCGACAGAGGCUGAUAAAGCUGAGCCAUCAGGGUCAGCGCUGGAGGAAGACAUGGUUGACGAGUCGGGCAGCUCCGUGCUGGCCGGGCCGGACCUGAUCUCCAGGGCUCUGUCCACUGCAGCCGAGCUCCACGCCUUCGCCAGCACGCAGAAGAGACCGCCCCAGCUCCACGAUGCCAGCACCAACACCGACUCCGCAGGUGCGGUGCAGGUAGAGACCGCUGCAGCAGCCUGUCCUGGUGUACUCCUGAACCUGCAGUUCCCCCGGGAGGCUGAGACCGCGGUCCAGCAGGGACCGGACACGGUCAGCGCAGGACGCCACUUCAUCAACGUGAUUAAUCUGGAGGACGAGGAUCUGCUGGAGCACCUGCCCUCCCGCCAGGCUUCUGCCUCCCCGACCGGGCCGACCUCCACCCCCGUCUCCCCCCACACCCACCGGCCUGGAGCUCCUGUCCCAAAUCACACCUCCACUGAGCAAAUGACUGUGGAGACUGUGUUAGACACACAGCUGGAACCCAGUGAGAGGCCCAGUCCCCCUGUGAUACCGGGCCUGUGGGGCAUCUCUGAACCCGGCCAGGAUAAGGAGCCACUCGGGCUACUCGUGGAGAUAGAGCCUCUCAGCCUCCCCAACUCUUCGCGUCUCGGUCUGGGCCUCAGGGACUCUUUGGGCCUCAGUGUGAGCUUCAGGGACGUGGAGGAGCAGAGCACCAGCAGCAGGGGUGGUGUGGGAAGAUCAGCAGACGCUUUUGAUUCCAUGAUGGAAAGGUCUGGAAAGUUUUCAGACGGGCCUCUGGACCUGAGUGACACGGGCGACACCCUGACAGAGUUGGGCGGGCUGAGAGGUGCCUCCACCUAUUCACUCGGCCCAUCAGACUCACUGAGAGACAGGUUUCUCAGAUGGGGUGAGCAGAACAACGUGGGGGUGGAGGAGGAGGAGCAGCGAGAGGAACUGCGGGCAUGGAUGAAGAAGAAGCAGAAAGAAAGGAUUGCAGAAUACCGCAGACAGAGGGAGGAGAAGAGAGAGCAAGAGCACCGGCCCUUCACACCUUCGUCCACUCAGAAUCUGACCUCCAGAGAUCUUUCUACCAACAAGAAAAUGAAGGAAAAGAAGGAAAAGACAUUGCUGCUGGAACACCACACCCUCAGAGCCCGAGAGGCCUGUAGCUUGAUUACAGAGCUGCUCAAGCCGUCCCCAGCCCUGCCCACCCUCACCAAGGCCCAGCCCUCACAAAGCACCAAUCAGAGCAGCCGCAGGCCCAAGGCCCAGCCCUCACAAAGCACCAAUCAGAGCAGCCGCAGGCCCAAGGCCCACCCCUCACAAAGCACCAAUCAGAGCAGCCGCAGGACCGCAGGAGUACGGAGCAUAUCUGCCCAGCGUGGAGAACAUCAGCCCACCACCCGCCGUCUGCACAGACCUGGUGCACUCCCAGAUGCCCGUCUGACGAGAUGGGGUGUACAAGACACCAGGGGCAGGAGACCGGGCAAAGGCUGGAUGAAGGGAAUACGGCCACCCCUGAAGGAGGACAGGAUGAGAAGAGAGAGGGAAGUGAGAGAGGAGGUGGAGGAGGAGAGUGAUGACGAGCAGCUCCUGAGCCCAUGGAACCCUCCUCUGGAGAUCCGACGCUUGCUUGGCCUGGACAAACAGGGCUCUGUGGAAGAGCGGAGUGGAGCUCCAGGGAGUGGAGCUGGAGUCUGGCUGAAGGGGCUGGACAGGGACUCCCCCUCUGAGAGCACUGGCAGUAUCCUCAGCAAACUGGACUGGACCGCCAUCGAGAAGAUGGUGGCCGAGGAGGACCAAGUCUGAUCCAAAGAUAAUUUAUAUUGUGUGUGACAGUUAAACUGUCACAUCUCUCAGGUUUACAGUUGUUGAAUUGUAAUAUGAAUUUUUCUAUUUUGUUUUGGUACUUUAAGUGCUCUGUACUGUCAGUAAAUACUGUAAAUGUGAUUGUGAGUGUGACCUUUAAUGUUUUUUGAAUGUGUGAUUGAGUAUCAGUCACAAAGAAUGCCAUAAAUCUCUUUUAAAAAUGAUGCCUUAUACAAGGAGCCUGUGGUGGUGCUAGUGCCAUUGGUGUUUCCAAUAAAACAUUUUAAAACCAA